GUUUUGAGAGUGUGAAUGCUUUCGUGUGUUGUGUGUGUGUGUGUGUGAGAGAGUGUGUUUUGAGUGUGUGUGUUUGUGUGUGAGUGUGUUUUGAGUGUGGUGUAAAGUGCGUCAUCCGGGUAUUUCCGCGCGCAAUAGCAGCAGGGCGUGUCGCGUGCUCGGACAACUUUCGAUUCGCGGAGUCGCACGGAAGACAAGCGUCGUUUAAACUUCACCGAAGUACCGAAACGUCAAAGACCGACCGAGUGCGACUCGAGCUGGAGUGACAGGCGUUAUGGACGGGUUGUUUCAAGCCUGGGGGACGCCCACCAUGUCUCAAGGCCAUCCGUACGUUGAGAUCAUCGAGCAGCCCAAAGCGAGAGGGAUGCGUUUCCGCUAUAAAUGUGAAGGACGAUCUGCUGGCAGCAUUCCAGGAGAAAAGAGUAAUGACACAACCAAAACACACCCCGCCAUCAAGGUUCACAACUACAACGGACCGCUGAGAGUGCGGAUCUCCUUGGUAACCAAGAACCAGCCGUACAAGCCACACCCACAUGAGCUGGUGGGCAAAGACUGCAAACACGGAUAUUAUGAAGCUGAUUUACAGGAGCGGAGGGUACACAGUUUCCAGAAUCUGGGUAUUCAGUGUGUGAAGAAAAAGGAUGUGGGAGAAGCCGUUUCCUGUCGGCUACAAACACAAAACAACCCCUUUAAUAUUCCUGAAGCGAAGAUCUGGGAGGAGGAAUACGAUCUGAACGCCGUGCGUCUGUGUUUCCAGGUGUCAAUCACUCUACAGAGCGGCGAGCUGUUUUCUCUGGAGCCUGUUGUGUCUCAGCCCAUCUAUGACAACAGAGCUCCAAACACUGCUGAACUGAAGAUCUGCCGCGUGAACAGAAACUCCGGCAGCUGUCGAGGAGGAGACGAGAUCUUUUUACUGUGUGAUAAAGUGCAGAAAGAGGACAUUGAGGUGCGGUUUUUCCGUGACUCGUGGGAAAGUAAGGGCUUGUUCUCGCAGGCAGACGUUCACAGGCAGGUGGCCAUCGUGUUCCGCACCCCGCCGUACCACGACACCAACCUGACGGAACCAGUGCGCGUGAAAAUGCAACUGCGCAGACCGUCUGACCGAGAGGUCAGUGAGCCCAUGGACUUCCAGUACCUGCCCUCCGACCCCGAUGAGCAUAGAUUAAUAGAGAAAAGGAAGAGAACUGAAGGAAUGCUGCAGAACCUCAAACUGACCGGCAUCAUCACAGGGUCUUCAGUGCCUACAGACAGAAGGCCGUUUAAUACGGCUAAAAGAAUUCUGCCCAUCUCUAAACCCACAGCUGCAUCAAAUCUGACAACAGUUCCUGCUGCAUAUCCAGGUCAAUCAGUUAAGCUGUCGUCCUCUCACUUCAAUCCAGCACCUGGUCAGCUCUUCACCCAGCAAACACAGAAUUUACUCAAAGUGGAGCCGUCCACAUCUACUAGUGAAACUUGGAAGUUCCUCAACAGCCUGACCAUGGACCCUCAACCCAAAGCUGUGGCCUUCCCAAGUCAAGCCUCUGCUUCUGCCCCACUUCCCCAAGACUUCCCCACUGUUAACCUGUCUGAUCUGCAUGACUUUCCAUUUAACACCUUCACCGCAAGACCACAGGAUCCUGUCAACACCGGAACUGGAGUGGAGGCCGUCGGGAGCUCCAGUGCAGUCACCCAAGACAACCAAAACCCAUUUGGCGCUGGAGCCUUCAGAGUUGACGCUUCCCUACCUGAAGAUGAUCUUCCAGAGAUGAGCUUCCCAAGUUUCCCUGAUCCGCAAGGCUCUGACGUUGACAACAUUAACAUCGAUGACUUCCAGGCACUGCUAGGACAGAGUGGACUUCCUGGAGAAACGGGACUCGGUGCGAUGGGGAAUUCCUUAAUCGGGAAGUCUGCGUGCCAGAUCACCACGACAAAUGCGGCUGGUGACGUGCUAGAGCAGUCGGCCAAUCACAUGGGGAACAACUCCACCUGGAUGACUUUCCCGCCAAGCAUCGCCAACUUGUUACAAAACGAGAACAUGAUGGACAGCCCAUCGGCCCCGCCCUCUGCAUCUGCUGUUCUCGAUGACCUUGAAAUGCUGAAUUCGAUGGAUGAGGACCGCCUCAUGUCCAUCUUCACCAGCAACAACCAAAGCUUCUUGUCUGGACACCCGACCUAACCAUUUUUUUUUACAAGUACCUUAUUGAGACUGACAACUUGUGUUCAAAUUAACCUUAAAUGGAAGACUGUAGAUAAAAACUGGGGUUGUCUUCUCUUACUUUUAAUAGACUUUCAUGUACAGAUGAAUCUUACUUGUUGGAAUCCGUGGGGCGAGGUGAAGGAAACCAUUUGAAGAUGUUGUAGACUGAUCAAUCAGUAUACAAUAGUGGGUGGUGGUUUUGAAUCAUAAAAUAUCUAUUUUCUGUUAUAUAUCUUACCUUGUGGGGCAAAAGCAGGCUAGCCAGCUUUAAAAUGAAUAAACCUCUAUACAUCGACUCCUAAAGCCUGAAUACGACGGUUGUGUAAACAAAGCUAAUCACUGACCAGAAAUUUCAGCAUUAUUGCCAAGUAACUACUAAAAACUUAUGAGUUUAUUUGAAUAACCAAUAUUGAGCUAUAGGUCAUUGCAGAUCUUUAGAGAAUCUUAAGCCACGUACAGAGCUCCAUUUUUAGUUUCCUACCAUAAUCGUUUUCCAAAGUAUGUGAUAAUGGAGAGUAGGGCUGGGUAAAAAUAUUGAUUUUCUGAUUAAUCGUGAUCUUCAUUUGAAAAGUUCCAAGAUCAGCCCUCUACAAUGGAGUCAAUCACUUGCAUAUGCGACCAAAUGUCAUGUUACGCGUCUAUAAAUGUCUGCGAUUCUCCACUGGCUGGUAAAUGUUGAUAUUUCACUUAGCAGUGAUUGAGUAGUAUAGUGGUGAAGAAGUUAAGCAGCGAGAUCUUUUCACUGAGAGUAAAGGUUUGGUUUGACUCAUUCUGUGUAAUGUCAAAAUGAAUCAGUACCCAGCGUUUUCCAAGCAACACUCCGUUUUGGUGGAGGAAAGUGCCUUUCUGGUGUGGAAGAGAGGCAUAAACUUAGCGAAAUCAAUGUGUUUUGUAAGGGAUAAUGUACAGUCAGCUGAUUGUUAUCGCAAAAUAAACCUAACUGGUGAUCAUCUUGUUUCAGCCUGAAGGGAUUUCUUUUGAGAUAACAAUCGUCUGACUGCUCAUUAUCCGGCUUAUUACACGGCUACUUGGCAAAAAAGUAAAUAAAUGGACGUGUAACAUUGAUUUGAGUUGAAAUUAUUGUAUUAGCUUGCUUAUAGAGAUUGCACAGUGAUUCGAGAAGUAGGAAAGUUAGGUCGCAAUACCCGACCUGAUACGUGAAUGUCCAGUUGUUACUGAGAAAUAUCAGACCGCUAGAUAGCACCAUUGACCAAUCAGAAUCCAGUAUUCCAGAGUGCCAUGUAAUAACAGAAGAAAACGUACUGGGCUGGAAGUGACCUUAGGCAAGGGAUUCUUGAUGAGGUCCGGGAAUAUUCAAAUAAUUUAGAAAAAAAUUAAAUUUAAAGGAAUAUACUAGGGUUCAGUGCAAGUUGAGCUCAAUUGACAGAAUUUGGGACAUAAUGAUGAUUACCACAAAAAUGAAUUAAUUUCCUGGUCUCAGCUUGGAUUGGCCUUUUUUUAGCAUUUGAUCAAGGCCUUAGUGCCACUCCAUUUUUGUUGUGUUUAUUGGACGUCACAGGUUUGUCGUUUUAUGUACUUUGCUUUUUUCUGGUGAUCCGUUACGAACUUUAUGCUCCAGUUAUAAUCUGACAAUAUUUGGCGGUUUUUGUUAAGACUACCACUGACAGAAGACUUUUUGGUUGUAUUUGUUGUAUACUGACAUCUACGCAACAGUGUAGUCAUCAGUGCCAACAGUGUGCUGUGCGAAAGGGAAUGGACACAACCUAAAGAACUGUGUGUUUUAAGUUUUAUUGUUGAAUUCUGUCAUGUUUUAAGAUUUGUACAUUUACGAUAAACAAUCUUAUUGCAAUUAGGAAAUGUGUGAAACGUGUUUCCAUUGUAAAGAUAGAUGCAGAAAAUAUUAAUGACAGGUCAUGGGUAAUGCAGUAUCAGUCACCAAGUUAGUACUUCAGUUAUUGAACUGUUGUAUGUCUUGCAAUAAUAAUGCUGAAGCUCUAUAUGGGGGGGGGGGGGGG